CCUGUACUCUCCGCAGUCUCUGGUCGUCUCCUGUACUAUGUCUGUAUUCUCUGGUCAUCUCCUGUACUAUUGCACAGUCUCUGGUCAUCUCCUGUACAGUCCACAGUCUCUGGUCAUCUCCUGUACAGUCCACAGUCUCUGGUCAUCUCCUGUACUGUCCACAGUCUCUGUUCAUCCCCUAUACUGUCCGCAUUCUCUGGUCAUCUCCUAUACUGUCUGCAGUCUCUGGUCAUCUCCUGUACUGUCCGCAGUCCCUGGUCAUCUCCUGUACUGUCCACAGUCUCUGGUCAUCCCCUGUACUGUCCGCAGUCUCUGGUCAUCUCCUGUACUGUGUCCGCAGUCUCUGGUCAUCCCCUGUACUAUUCCCAGUCUCUGGUCAUCUCCUGUACUAUGUCCGCAGUCUCUGGUCAUCUCCUCUACUGUGUCCGCAGUCUUUGGUCAUCUC